AUGCUACCUACGUUAUACACACUCCUCGCCUUGGCGGCGACAGCCUCGGCCGCCCCUAGCCUUGAUGUCACCAUCCACAAGCUGCUUGGUGCACCUACCAUACUCGAAAAGGUUGCUGCGCCAGGCUCUUGGCAGACGGUGGGAAAGCCAUCGCCAGAGACUACCAUGACCCUGCAGAUUGCACUUAAGCAGGGCAAUAUCCAGGGCCUUCACGCGAAGCUGAACGACAUUUCGGAUCACAAUAGUCCAAACUAUGGCAAGUGGCUCAGCAAGGAAGAAAUCAAAGCAUUCACGGCCCCCAAAGACGAUGACGCAGAGAAAGUUCACCAAUGGCUCCGCGCAAUCGGUGUUUCUCAAGAUGCCAUUUCGCAGCCAUCGCCUGAUUGGAUACACAUUGAGCUUCCCGUUCACAAGGCCGAGGAGCUGCUCAAGACAGAAUACUCCAUCUUCAAGCACGACGCUACGGGCCGCACCAUGGCACGCGCUUUACAGUACUCUGUCCCAAAAUCACUCCACUCUGUCAUCGAUACCAUCCAGCCCACUGUGAGCUUUGUUUAUAACCAGCAGGCGCAAGCCGUGAAAGCUAUUCCCGCCAGCUCGGCUCUGCCUGCCACCAACGCUUCUAAUUCCGACUGCACCAAGAAUUUUACUCCAUCCUGCGUCCGCAAGCUAUACAACGUCGACUACAAGGGCACCGGGAAGUCAUCUAUCGCAGCAUUUCUAGCUAAUGGCGAUGAUGCCGUCCACACGGAUAUGCCGCUGUUCCUAAGCCGCAACGAUCCCACUACCCCAAACACCACAGACUACCAAGACUACUAUAUUGGCAAAAAGAUUACGCCCGACGCCGAUAACGCAGAACCCUCACUCGAUAUUCAACUCCAGGUCUCCCUAGCAUACCCCAACCCGGCAGGCAUUUUCCACAUCGGUCCUUCUGGCGAUUUCUACGACGAACUCCUUGCCUUUACAAACUUUCUCAACACAAAUAAAACGACCCCCCACGUUGUCAGCCUGUCCUAUGCUAGUGCUGAGCACGACACUGCCAACCAGUACACGACCCGUGUGUGUGACGAGUUCGCCAAGGCCACCGCGCGCGGCAUCACGAUUAUAACUUCAUCUGGCGACUAUGGCGUCGGUGCCUUGGACAGCUACUGCACCGGCAGCUUUAGACCCACGUAUCCAGCCGGAUGUCCCUGGCUUACUUCCGUCGGUGGGACAGAGCUCACUGCAGACGGUAGCAAAGAGGUUGCUGCUAAUUUCUCAUUGCUCGAUCGUGGCUCCAGCGGCGGCGGCUUCUCUAACCUCUACGGCGUCCCUGACUGGCAGUCGGCUGAUACUGCGGCGUACAUCAAGACCAUCCCUGAUACCUAUGAGGGCAAAUACAACAAGUCUGGCCGUGGAAUUCCCGACGUUGCAAUGAUCGGAACCCCUAUCCCUAUCGUAUAUAAGGGUGAUGAUUAUCAAGCCCAGGGCACAUCGGCAUCUACUCCCAUCUUUGCGGCACUCAUUACACAGAUUAAUGACUACCGUAUUGCCAACGGUAAAUCAGCGCUUGGUUUCAUCAACAAGCGUCUUUACACUGACAAGACAGUUCGUGCCGCUUUCCGUGAUAUCACGAGUGGAAGUAACCCGAACUGUGGUACUGGAGGCUUCAAUGCUACCAAGGGAUGGGAUCCAGUUACCGGUCUUGGCAGCAUUGACUUUGCUGCUCUCCGCAAGGCAUUUGCCGCCUAAGUUGCACAAUAUUCCUCUCGGUAUAUUAGCGUCGAAAUAUUCUGUAAAUAGUGCCUCAUUUCCGGUGUAUAUUUUGGGGCAUGAGCUUUCAUUCUCGUCAUCUUCAUCUACAUAUUGUAC